GUACGCCAUGAAGUGUCUAGAUAAGAAGCGUAUUAAGAUGAAGCAGGGGGAGACAUUGGCCCUGAAUGAACGCAUCAUGCUGUCUCUUGUCAGCACUGGGGAUUGCCCCUUCAUCGUGUGUAUGUCAUAUGCCUUCCAAACACCCGACAAGCUCAGCUUCAUCCUGGACCUCAUGAAUGGGGGUGAUCUACAUUAUCAUCUUUCCCAGCAUGGGGUCUUCUCGGAGACAGAGAUGCGUUUCUAUGCAGCAGAGAUCAUCCUGGGUCUGGAACAUAUGCACAAUCGCUUUGUGGUUUAUCGUGACCUCAAGCCAGCCAACAUCUUGCUAGAUGAAUUUGGCCAUGUCCGCAUCUCAGAUUUGGGUCUCGCCUGUGACUUCUCCAAGAAGAAGCCUCAUGCCAGUGUUGGCACACAUGGGUACAUGGCACCAGAGGUUUUGCAGAAAGGCGUGGCCUAUGAUAGCAGUGCCGAUUGGUUCUCUUUAGGCUGCAUGCUCUUCAAGCUUCUGAGGGGGUAAG